CUAGGGGGCAGAGAGAGAUUUAAGAAUUGAUAGGUGGUCGAGUUUUGUUUGGCCGAGUGGAUAUGCGCAAGAAAGUCGAGGAGCUUUAUGUUUCCCCUCUUAAAGGAUCAUUGCCAGCGAUGGCCACAGUGAGACGGAGGAGGAGCAGCUGUCACACCGAUACUCAGCUGGGGUUCCUGAUUAGAACAGCAAUAAACGCGCAGUGAAUCGCCACUGGACACUAACCUCUCCAAUUAUCACAUUUGGAAACAUCUUUUUAGAACGUCUGAAGGAGUUAUGCUGACUAAUUGACUGAGGUAUUGGGUGUAGGAUACUGCUCUCAUUAGACAUUUCAGGUCAGUACAAAAAGAGUCGAGUAAAGCAUUGGUCAUACUCUUGGUUAUAGGCUACAGAUACUCCUCUGUGUCCCAUCUCUAAUUUGGGCGCAAACAUGACAACUGAGAACUCACAGCAACAUCUGGAGUCGUCUCAUCCUCUGAGAUCCAGCCCAGCAGCCGGAGUAAUGCACGCCACUCUGAUGAGCGCACAGCCAGUGGCGGAGAGCUCACCAAACGGGUCAACCAAAGGGAAAAAGGGCAACUCUGGCUUGAGGCGUCCUGAGAAGCCGCCCUAUUCAUACAUCGCCCUUAUUGUAAUGGCUAUCCAAAGCUCCCCGACAAAGAGGCUUACUCUGGCUGAAAUCUAUCAGUUCCUUCAGGCCCGUUUCCCGUUCUUUAGGGGUUCUUACCAGGGGUGGAAAAACUCUGUGAGGCACAACCUGUCUCUAAACGAAUGCUUCAUAAAACUGCCCAAGGGACUCGGCAGACCAGGCAAGGGACACUACUGGACCAUAGACCCGGGCAGCGAGUUUAUGUUCGAAGAGGGGUCCUUCCGUCGCAGACCUCGCGGAUUCCGUAGGAAAUGCCAAGCACUGAAACCCAUGUAUCGAAUGAUGAAUGGCAUCGGCUUUGGCACGUCGAUACUGCCCCAAAACUUCGAUUUCCAGAACCCCUCCGCGUCCUUGGCAUGUCAUAAUGGUUACAACUUGGACGUGAUGGGGAACACGGUGCCAGGGAGCUACGACGGGCUGGGUGGAGGGCAUCAUGUUCCUCACAUGUCGCCAAGCCCCGGGUCCACCUACAUGGCGGCCUGUCAAGUGUCCUCUAAUGGAGAAUACUGCCCAGACAACAGUAGUAGCCCUCUGCACUCCUCGCCGGCGGCGAUGGCAGCAGGCACCUUGGACUGUCACUCUCCCUAUGCCAGUGCCCCCUCACACUGGGCAUCACCAGGUGUCUCCCCAUACAUCAAGCAGCAAUCCCUGGCCUCAAACAGUCCCACAUCCUCCGCCUUGCACUCGAGCAUAUCCCCUUACUCUCUGGAGCAAAGCUAUCUCCAUCACAACGGAAGAGACUCAUCUGAUAUUUCAAUGGGAUUAUCUCGAUACUCAAGCCAUUCAUCGCCAGUGUGUGACAGGAAAGAUUUUGUUUUGAACUUUAACGGAAUCUCUUCAUUCCACCCGCCAACUGCCAGUGGAUCGUACUACCACCAGCUACAUCACCAUCACCAGAGCGUCUGUCAGGAUGUCAAGCCAUGCAUCUUGUAAAAUCAACGCAUUAAGACCACUGCCAUCUUGGAUGAGGAUCACAUCAACUAUACAACUACUAUAUACAAGCCAUAAACUUCCUUGUCAUUUGUCCCAGAUGCCAAUACCUGUAAAAAAAAAAAAAAAAAACCUUUAAGAUUAAAUGGGGGGAUGUAGGCUAUAUACAAAAUGUCAGUCACUCUGUGAGAACUUCCAUGCCACGACACCUUCCCGGAGAAAUGAAAAACUUUGGGACUGAGUGCACGACGUAAAAAUGGAAAAACUGCAUACAUGUAGCCUAUUGCCAUCAAGGACGGCUCAGAAAAGCUCUUGGAUAUAGUUGAAACUCUGUCACCAUGCCAUGAUGCAUUCAGGAGUAUGCAAAUUGUGUCAUUUCAUUCAUAUUGUAGGCUAGUGUUUGAGUAUAAGUGAUCGACACGGAUAAAAUGCAAUAAAACCACGUGAAAUGUGUUUAAUGAAAAAUACAUGCACAUUCACCUUGAUUUAUCUUCACCUAUUUGCACUUAAAUCUAAUCCCUUGAGUUUUCGAAAGAUUUCGCUGCAGCAAGUCAAUAAACUGUUUGGGUUCAUUCUUAUUCAAGGAUAGGCUAAAUGUUUAUGCUAUGCAGCAUAUCGCAAAUCCUAUAGGGAUUUUAUACAGCGUGAGAGACCUUUUGGGACUACAAUCGCCCAAAAUUGUGUUUGACCUCUUUAUGACAAAUUAGGUGUUUUAUUAUAUUGUUUUUUGUCAUUAUACACCGUAAUAUACUGUUAUUAAUACAGAUGGAUUGUUAUUGUUAUAGCCUACUAUUUGAAUUAAACGAAUGCACUGUUGACAAAUAAAUGACAAAUACAUUUA